AUGCCCUGGGUGACAGCGCCCGCCUUGAUCGGCGGCGGUGUCUUGACUUUUGGCGCCUUCUGCACUGGUAUUGGCGGUGCCCAGAAUUACGCUACUGUCCUGGUCCUGAGAAUUCUGGUCGGGUGUGCUCAAGCUUUCAUUCAGGGCUUGGGUCUUUACCUAUCCUUUUGGUACAAGAGAAAUGAGAUUGCUUCCCGAAGUGCUGUCUUUUAUUCUGCUGCAACCAUUGCCGGCGCAUUUUCCGGCCUCAUAUCCUACGGCAUUCUGAAGCAUCUAACUCUCGAGAGCACUGGGCUCGAACCAUGGAGAUGGCUUUUCAUCAUCGAAGGCAUCAUGGCGGUGGUGGUGGGCAUAACUGUCAUCUUGGUCUUCCCCAACUUUGCCGACCGUAUGAAACAGUUAAAGACAUGGCUGUUGAGUGAGGUCGAUCUCAAACUUGCGAUUGAGAGGUCUAAGGACUAUAACACCACUGGAGCCAACCUUGAUGUGAGGCAGAUCUGGAAAUGUCUGAAGGAUCCCAAAUCCUGGAUGCUCGCAGUCAUCAACGCCGGCGUGUCCCUUGGUAUUGCAUCCGUCGGCAAUUUCCUCCCAACUUUUGUUCGGUCUUUCGGCUACUCUGCAGACAAGGCACAACUUUUCACCGUGAUUCCAUACGCCUGCGCUGCUAUCUUCCUGAUUGCAAUUUGCUUCCUAUCCGACAGAUACAACACCAAAGGCCCGUUUCUCAUCGUCACCCUCUCAGUCUCUUGCGCUGGCUACAUAAUACUCCUUUCCGUGCGCUCCGUCCCGGUCUUGAUCUUCGCCACCUGCCUGAUCACAGCUGGUCUGUACCCGAGCGUGAUCCUGCUGACGUCGUGGCUCGGCAUCAACACCUGCGGCUUCACCAAGCGCGGCACUACCUGGGCCAUGGCUGAGGUCUUCGGACAAUGUUUCUCCAUUAUGGGCACGCACGUUUACGACCAUCCACCGCGCUUCGUCAAGGGACAUUCCAUCGUCCUGGGUAUGCUACUUGUUGCCAUCAUCAUGGCCACGUCGAAUAUCUUCUGGAUGAGCUAUCAGAACAAGCGCAAGGAAGCGGAGAUGGAGCGUUACCGUUCCUCUGGCGAGCUCCAUCCACACUUUGAACGGAGCUUGGAGGACGAGGGCGACCAGCAUCUAGCUUUCAGGUAUAUUUUGUAA